CGCGGUUAUAAAUACUUGGCUAAUUAAAUACAUGCAUGUAAUCCCAAUAUUUUCACCUCUUUGUUACAUUUUGUCUCCAAAUUUUUCCACACACAACAUAUGGAAAACAAAACAACUCUCAUUUUUUUCUCCACUCUACUUAUUUUAUCAUGUUUUAGGUCUCAUGGGCUCGGGACAAGGGAUUUCCAUUUUCUCAAACAGAAGCUGAAAAUCAAUGCUGGCAUUGACAAAAACCUUUUCAAUGCAAGCGAGCUUUUCCACUAUUUUUCGAAACCGGUAGCUAACUCAUCACCAUCUGCAAAGGAAAAGGACCUAAUUACAAAAUUGCCCGGACAGCCGCCGGUUAUUAAUCCAUUCAAGCAAUAUGGUGGAUAUGUUACCGUCAAUGAAAAGGCCGGUCGAGCUUUUUUUUACUAUUUCGUAGAGGCUAACCAAUCUUACGCCAACAAGUGGCCUCUUCUUCUUUGGCUUAAUGGAGGGCCGGGUUGUUCUUCUCUUGGUUAUGGAGCAAUGGAGGAAAUAGGCCCGUUUCGAGUUCACAAUGACACAAAAACACUCUAUCGAAACGAAUACUCAUGGAACCGUGUUGCAAAUGUGUUGUUUUUGGAAACUCCGGCGGGCGUUGGGUUCUCAUAUUCAAAAGACAGAGCGGAUUUGGAGGGUGGCAACGACACUAAAGCAGCAGUCGAUAAUUUUAGAUUUUUUAUGAAUUGGUUAGAGAGAUUCCCAGAAUAUAAAGGCAGAGAUCUUUAUCUUGCUGGUGAAAGUUAUGCAGGACAUUAUAUGCCGCAAUUGGCUCACAUGAUUCUGUAUUACAACAAAAUGGCAAAAAAGACCAUCAUAAACCUCAAAGGGAUCAUGCUAGGGAAUGCUGAACUUAACGAUGAGACGGACAACAAAGGAAUGUACCAAUAUUUCGGUAGUCAUGCUUUGAUUUCUGGUGAUCUUGCAAAUCAAGUGUUGAGAUAUUGUACCUUUUCUCCCAACGGAAAUGAAUCACCAAAAUGCAAUAAAGCCAUGGAUGAAGCUGAUAAAGUUUAUGACGAAAAGAUUGAUAUUUAUAACCUUUAUGCUCCCCUCUGCUCUGAUCACAACCCCACAAAUAAGCCCAAAUUUUAUUCAGUAUCCAAUUUUGACCCAUGUACUGAUCAUUAUGUGAAAGCAUACUUGAAUAGGCCUGAUGUUCAAAAAGCACUUCAUGCCAAUGUUACCAAUAUUCCUUACGAAUGGAACUUUUGCAGUGGGGAUAUAGAUGGACGACUGCCGGUUACUUCAACACAGUUAACAAUUAAACAAAUGAAGCUUCCUGUUAAAAUUUCAUGGUACCCGUGGUACCUUCUUGGGGAGGUAUGA